AUGCAUAAACAGUUGAUGAAGGCAUGGUCGCUGCUGUCUCAAACGGGUCGCGUUGAACUGGUGCUGGUUCCAUUCGGUAAAGCACGCUGUACUGCAAAAGGAGAUAACGAUUUUGAGUGUUCCUGUCAACAUCAAGCGAACGAGUGCAUACUGAAUCAGCUGAUGAACUGUGUCAUCGACAGUGUAGGAUUUCCUGAUAAGAUAGUGCCAGGUUAUCGAUUGUAUUCAAGGAAAACCCAACAUCGAGAGCGCAAUGGAGUCAUGUAUAGCUCACAACUCAAUGAUGGAUCUAAAUGA